AUGAAAGGAGUUAAAGCUUCUGCACUAAUACUGUAUGUAUUAUGUUGUAUCGUACGGUCCAAAAGUGAUGGAGACCAACCUGCAACAUGUAAAGCAGGAGAAAUUUUAGGAACAAGAGAUGUGGACAACGCUGACGCAGAAUUGAAUGCCUUUAAUCAACUUGUAAAGCCUAUUUUGAUCCCAAGAAUGCCAGACACGGAGGGCAGUGCAACAGUCAGAAAUUAUCUCGUAAGUAAGCUUAAGGCCCUGAAUUGGCAUAUUGAGGAGGAUGUGUUUCAAGACGUGACACCAUACGGCACCAAUACAUUCACGAACGUCAUAGCAACACGGGAUCCUAGAAAAUCGAAGAAAAUGGUACUGGCUGCCCACUACGAUUCUAAAAACAUAACAGACAGAAAUGGAAACGUCUUCAUUGGAGCUUCAGACUCAGCAGUGCCCUGUGGGAUAUUAUUAGAUACAGCUGUCCAUCUGCAUCGUUUGUUAACGAGGUCCCGGAAAUAUAAGUAUCAAUAUAUUACCCCACAGAUCGUGUUCUUUGAUGGAAAAGAGGCUUUCAAGUUUUGGACAGACAGAGAUUCCAUUUACGGAGCAAGACACCUUGCAAAGAAAUGGGAAGAAGAGAAUGUAUUACCAAAUGUAAAACUCUUUGUUUUGUUGCAUUUGAUUGGAACAAGCGAUGUACAAUUUGUCAACUUUUUCAAACAAACGACAAAGGCUUUUAAACUCUUAGCAAAAAAAGAACGAUACCUCAAAAAGAAGAGACUCCUGCAUUAUAAUGAAAUAACUCUAUUUAAUAAGCAUCCAAAUUUUGAAAGUGGAAUUGAAGACGACCACAUUCCUUUUUUACACAAAGGGGUACCAAUCCUUCAUCUGGUAUCGGCACCAUUCCCAAGCGUAUGGCACAAAAUGACUGAUGCUGCUGCACACAUAGACUAUUACACAACCCUAGAUUUCAUCAAAAUAUUCCGUCUUUUCGUUGCCGACUAUUUACAGCUUUAUACCAUUCUCAAUUACCGCAGAUAAACAUAAAAAUAAAUUAAUUUGGG